CAUUGGUGGAGUAUUCAUAGAGACGCGUAGCACCUGCCUUCAUGGAACUAAUAAUUCAAUUCGACUAUUAAUCAUAUAUAAUCCCUCUUCUGCUCACCCUUCUCUUCCCCCAACAUCCCUCUCCCCUCGUCAUGGAGAAAGCCUCCUCAGGAGAGACGGAUUUGGAUGAGUGGGAGUACAUCCCUGAUGAUGGAGAUGAUCAUGGCUUCCUUGAUAUCCAGCUUUCAAGGGAGAUGGGUUUUGAUCAGAAAGAUGUGAUCGACAUGAAUUACUUCAUCUGCCCAUCUCCUACCGCUUCAAGACGCGUCUUUGAUGCGUCUCAGAAUUCAAGCGGUCUGAUCCCACCAAGGAGGGCUCCAAAUCAACUUGUUCCGAUCCAAAUUCGAUUGCAACCACUUUCAGGGAAGAACCCAGAUCAUGAAUUUGUCAAAGACAUCGCUGAGGUUCCGAUUGCUGAGAUGGCGGAGAAGAUCAUAGCUCCGACUCUGGAAGCAGCAGUUUCAGGAGAUCAAGAUAUGAUCUCGCACGUCUUCUUCAAGAAAUUGAAGGAGAACGAAUUCGUCGACAUGAAAAUGGACUCACCCAAGUCCGGGAAUACAGGGAUUAAGCUUCAACCAGAACUGGGUUCGAUCCAGUUUGAGGAGAAAGAUGCAGGCUUUAAAGGAGAGGCAAAGGAACAUAACAAGCUUUCUUCUAAAGUGCCAGCAGAGCAAGAAAUGGUGAAGAACGAUUACUCGAUUUCCAAGAUCAAGGAAGAGAGCAACUGGGAAGAAAAUGGUGGUGAUGGGUUUUGCUUCUGGAAGUUGGGACUAUCUGGGGUAGGUGCUCUGUGUUCUGUAGGUGUGGCUGCUGCCACUAUUUGCAUCUUCAUGUUCGGAAAUCACAAGAGACACAAGCAUCAUCAGAACCAGAAGAAGCUCCGUUUCCAAAUCUAUGCUGAUGACAAGAGGAUCAAAGAAAUGGUCAACCAUGCCACCAAAUUGAAUCAUGCUCUUUCAUCAGUGAGAGGUGUCCCCUUGACCAGAGCUACCAUAUCCUUUGGGGGUUACUAUGAUGGGCUUUAGAACUGAAAAGUCGUGUCCUUUUUUAUCUGGUUUCUAGUCAUUGCAUCAAAUCUGAUUGCCAUAGAAUGCAUCUGUAUAUACUAUGGAGGGAAUAUGGAGUUAGAUUCCUUCCCUGAAUAAUUGUUUUUUUUUUUUCAAUUGUCCUUUAUUAUGUUUCUCUGUUUCUUACAAAAUGCUCUUCAGAGUAUAGAAGAAGCAAUGGUAUGUCAGAGGAGAUAACCAUGU